AUACUAAUAGGAACUUGUCUGAUGAAGAAAAACUAAUCAGGUUUGUUGUCUUGAUAAUGCUUAUAAUAAAUUGAAAAUGAAUAUUGUUUUUUUUAUUUAAAGCAUGUAAUAAGAUAUACAAUUAGCUUACCCAUAAAGUUCAUGAUUGUUUACACACAAUGCUAAAACUGGAUAACUAAAGAUUCGAUCAACUUGACUACAAUAGUUUGAAGAUGGUGAUUUGUGGAAUAUUUUCUCCAAACGUUUGUUAGUGAGAUACUAGAACUUGAAUUGAUUAAAUCUGUUAACAAUGACUUCAUUCACACCCGGUUCAGCUGCACAACCCACAACUGAGGUUGAAUUAUCGUUAUCAUGCAGAUCUUUACAAGGAAAAGAUGUCCUAUCGAAAUCGGAUCCAAUGUGUGUCACAUACAUACGUCCCUUUGGUGAGUCCAGAUGGGUUGAGUACCACAGAACAGAGGUGAUAUCAAAUUCACAUGACCCAGAUUUCGCAGCAAAAAUUCUUUUGCCUUAUCGUUUUGAAGAGCAACAGCCUUUGCGAUUCCUGUUUAUAACAGCUGAAGAAUUGGCAGCUCUGAAGGAUGAGGUCAUUUUCAAAUUCAGUGGACAUAAGCUUGACAGGAAAGACUUUUUUGGAAAGUCUGACCCAUUCUUGGAAAUACACAAAGCUAUGGAAAGUGGAGACUAUACUCUUGUAUUGAAAACUGAAGUGAAGAAGUGGACGCUGAACCCAGCUUGGCUGCCAAUAACCGUGCCAGUACGCACUCUGUGCAACGGCGACUAUGAACGCAGUUUGAAAUUCGUGUGCUAUGAUUGGAACGCGAGUGGCCGGCAUAGUUUGAUUGGAGAAUUCUACACCAAUCUGAAAACCCUCAGCCAAGGCCCGGUCGCCAAUAAUCGCUAUGCUUGCAUUCAUCCCGAAAAGCAGGUCAGGAAAAAAGGAACCUACAUACAUUCGGGUGAAAUAGCUCUCGACCAAUUCGAGCUGAGGCCUGUCUAUUCAUUUCUUGAUUACAUCAAAGGCGGCACUCAGCUGCAUUGCUCGAUUGCUAUUGAUUUUACAGGCUCAAAUGGGAACCCGGAAGACCCGAACUCGUUGCACUUUGUGUCUCCGGGCGGGCUGCCGCCCAACUGCUACGAGCAGGCCAUCACCGCAGUCGGCUCCAUCAUUCAGGACUACGACAGCGACAAACUAUUUCCUGUGCUGGGCUUCGGAGCCAGGCUCCCGCCCGACGGCAAAGUGUCGCAUGAGUUCUUCGUCAACAUGGAUCCCAACAGUCCUUAUUGCAACGGCGUGCAAGGUGUUCUUGAUGCUUACCGCAGCUGUAUACGUCAAGUACAACUGUACGGACCAACUAAUUUUGCUCCAGUGAUCAAUCACGUGGCCAAGUUUGCAGCCACCUACAGGGAUGGCUCCAGCUAUUUCAUAUUGCUGAUUCUAACUGAUGGUGUCAUCACCGACAUGCCUCAGACAACUCAGGCAAUAGUGAACGCAUCGGUCCUGCCACUGUCGGUGAUCAUCGUGGGCGUGGGUAACGCGGACUUCACGGCGAUGGAGACGCUGGAUGCGGACACGGUGGCCCUGACGGCGGGCGGGGUGCGGGCUGCGCGGGACAUCGUCCAGUUCGUGCCCUUCAACAAGUUCAUCUCAGUCGGCGACCCGCGCACGGCUAGGCUGCGUCUGGCCAGGGAGGUCUUGGCUGAGGUACCCACCCAGUUUGUCGGCUAUAUGAAGGCCAACAGUAUCGUGCCCAAGCCUCCCAUAUCUAAUGUCACCGUACUUCCCCCCGAUCCCGAGCUGCUCGAUAUUCAGCCUUAAAUUAACCCCCCCCCCCUGUUAGUAACAGUCCUGUUAGUAACUAACAUCUUUCAGUUUGAUAAUUAGCUAUCAAUCAAUGUAUGAGAUUAAUCCUUGCAACUGUUAUAAUCAUCAAAGAAUUUCUUCGUUUCUCACAUCCAAAUUCAUGUAUUUAAACAUAAUAGAAACUUAACCGUUUCUUACUAUUAGAUGGCCAGUUUUAUAAUUUAUAAUCAAAACAGGAUUUCUCGGUUUCUUAAAAUCAAAUUAAUGUAUUUUUAAACAUAGUAUAAACUUACCCGUUCUUACAAUCAAAUGAUCAUCCAUAUUAUAAUUCAUUCAUAUAUCAUAAAAUCACUCAGGCUCUUCCCAUUACCUAUGCACAAUCUAGAAUAUCAUGUGGGCAUCAUCCGCAAUAAAAAAUCCAUGUUUUUUUAAAAUAACCUGACCUGUUCGUAACAUCUUCUGGAAUUUUUUGAUUAGCUAUCGAUCUAAACAUGUUACUUGCCACAACCUCUUAAUCAAAGCCGCCUUCUUUUCCAUCAAUCCAACAUCCUAUUAAGAUUAAGUAUUUGAUGGGAGUCUUUUCAUACAUAUAGCCUCACUGUCUUAAAUGACUCACUAGAUUAAAACUUAGACAACAGCCCAAUUUCUUGUACUCAUAUCAUUCUUUAAAACAUCAUUCUAAUAAAAAACCGAGAAAUAUGUUUAAAACCUUGAUUAAAUUGAGAUUCAUGAAUGAAAUAAAUCUUGCGCCAAUGCUGUAGCAUAGGAAAAAUUGAUUUCGGGUAACAUGAUGACCGCUAAAACUUUCAGCCAAUGGAAAACAAGACUUUUAUUGACGGAUUGACUACACUUUGUGCUCAUAGUCACUGUCCAUUCAAUAGUAGCAUACCUCACCUCAUUACUCAUGCAAAAAUCAAGAAUUUAUGUAGGCAUCAUCAGUAAGAAAAUUUGACAGAAUCACGCUCGCUAAGGAUAUUCUCAUUACAAGUUAGAUAGAAAUAAUGAAAAUGCUGGUAUUUAUAUAACAUGGUAUUUGAUAGUAAUAUUAUCAAACAAGUGAAUGAUGUUUAGUAUCAUCUCUAAAUUUUUUUACAACAUCCGGUUGAUCAAAUCAGAUUGUAUAAUUAUCUCAUUUGACAACUACUUCUAUAUAUGAGUACGCAUUUCCAAAUAAAUUAUUGUGUGAAAUUACCCUUUCAA